GGUCAUAACUUCGUCGACAACACAGGGAGAGUUUAGUGUUUUCAUUUUCUGUACCGAUUAGUUUGAGUAUAUACGAGACUUAAGUUUAAGUGAUUUUUGGUGCUUACUUUUAUUUGGAUUAUUAUUGUGGUUUUAUUUUAACAAUAUGGCUAAAAAUUAUUCGCAUUGUCCUCUGAAAAAGAGACCCAUCGUUUUCGAAGAUAUACCAGAAGAACCGGAAAACUUAUCGACAAAACCGGAGGAUCUGAGCCGUAGCGGCCGUUUGGCAUCAAUAUCGCCCCCGUCGUCGCCAGCUAUAUCCCCUUCUGCUUCCCCACAAUCAUCCCUGACGCAUUCCCCGCCUUCAUCGCCUCCAAUAUCGUCUCCAUCGCCGACCCAUUUCAUGUACCAAGCCCCCAUAAAAGUAGAACCUUUACGAGAAUACCCAGUACCGAUAAAUCCCGAAUACGCCCCCCAAACUUGGCACCGAAGCGUCGCUCCAAUGUACCACCCGGCCUACCACCCCUACGUGUACCCUUACCACGAGAAUAUGUACAUGGGCCCCACAUCCCCUUACAGCGACAGCAGCUCCCUGUCGCCGCCCCACCAGAUGCAACAACCUCUGCAACCGCUAGCUUUGAGACCGACGGUUUAUUCCUCGUUGGAUCAGAACAGUUUGAGUCCAAAUAGUUCGACGACUUCUCCGCCGCCCCAAACGGUGCCGUCGGCCGAGGAUUUAUCGGAGAAAAGGAGGGCGGGCGUCAGACACCAAUGUCCGGAUUGCGGGAAAAGCUACUCGACCUUUUCCGGUUUAUCGAAACACAGGCAGUUCCAUUGCGCGGCCGGAGGAGACGGUCCCAAAAAAUCGUUCAGUUGUAAAUAUUGUGAAAAAGUGUACGUUUCAUUGGGGGCUUUGAAAAUGCACAUCAGGACCCAUACGUUGCCUUGCAAGUGCACCAUUUGCGGUAAAGCCUUCUCGAGACCUUGGUUGCUGCAAGGUCAUAUUAGAACCCAUACGGGGGAGAAGCCCUUUUCGUGUACUUAUUGUAAUAGGGCUUUCGCCGAUAGGUCGAAUUUGAGGGCGCAUCUUCAGACCCAUUCCGAUAUUAAGAAAUAUUCUUGUUCCACUUGUAGUAAGACGUUUUCGAGGAUGUCUUUGUUGACCAAACAUACCGAAAGCGGUUGUACGUUGAUGCAUAUCGAAAAAAUAUGCUGAAAAAAAAAAAAACAAAAAACAAAAAAAAAUUCGUUGAUUCAUUAUUAAUUGUGCCUUUUUAUUCAAAGACUGACUAUAAAAUAUUAUAUAUAAUAUUGUAAAUAACGCCUUUUUAGUAUUACAUCGGGAAUUUAAUAUAUUUUUCUUCGUGUAUAAUAAUUUUUUUUCAAAACAGAUAUUUUUCUAGUCAGAAGAAACGUUGUAGUUUCUUUGUUAUAUAUUGCCAUGUAUAGUGCCU